AUGGUGCUGCAGAACUGGGAAAAAGGACGCCUUUUUAUUUACUCUCCGAGAGACGCAUCGUCAGAUGCAGCACGUCCCAUACCGCUGGAAACGAGCACUUCUCUUGACCCUUCAAGCUUGGAAUACAGGCAAAUUGGUUGCACCCAUAGAUCCGGCUGCAGGAUGUACAGAAAAACUUAUCGCCCCAUGCAUAUGUCUGCUAUUGUCAGGUUGCAUUGCUGUCCCGUUUAUGCAAACGUUAGCGAAGCGAAACCCUAUUCAAGCAAACGAGCUGCAUCCAACACACUACGAAAACAGAAACAUUCCAGAUCUCUUUGGCCACAUCUUAAUACCGCGGCAAGCUUGAGAGCCACAGGACCAGCGCUCUACCCACGACAAGCGCUUCGCCCCGUGCUUGUGCCAAAAGCAUUGAGUACCACAAGAACCGUGCGCUGGGGUGGAGCUCAUGCACUUUGGCAAGAUCUUCACCUCCUUUCGACCUUUGUGGACGAUGCAGACCGACCCACGAUUACGUUAUAUGGCAAAGGGCUCGUCCUCUCACAGGGAGAGCAAUGUCUGCUCAAAACACAGCCUUGA